AUCCUUCCUGUCUGCACCUCUUAUUGCUUUCUCACAACAUCACUCCAACCAGCCAAUAAACACAACAACUACUCUGACGCCUGCCAUCAUGACUAGGACUGAGCGCAACCAAUACCCCGCUGCCGUCCUCAAGGACCGUCAUUCCCGCACUGGUCUCGACAAGACCCAGUGGAACCACAAGAACGGCGAUGGCGCCCAUAACUGGGGAUCUACCGCCCGUAAAGGCGAUGACGAAGCUUCCGGCCGUCUUGACGGUGAGGCCGAGGCUGAAGCCGCUCUAGACGAACUCCCGUCUUCCGACGUUUUUGACCUCGAUGAAGAGAUCAAUGAUCCUGUCGGUGCGAUGCCUGUCACCGACUCUGGCAAUGACUUUAAGCCGAUGGACCUUGGCAAAAGAGGGAGUAUCCAGGGCCAGAGUAAUAUUGCUACCAGCCCCACCGAUAGUAUGAGCAGCCUUGACUCUGGCGACAGGCCUGGGAUGGGGAGGAGGAUGAGUGCGGUGAGUGAUGAAGAGAGAGAGAAGAUGAGGCUCUAUAGGGAGGGUGUCCUCCACAAGAAGCAGGGCGUCGACUUGGCCCACAUCGCUAGKUCCUCGCACGGUAUCGCCAUKUCGCCUCCCACCAACAGCUACCUCGGCCCUKUCAGCCCUUCCAACMCCAGGUAUGGUUUCAAUUUUGUAAGUGUUCAACUUUAGCACCUCUUUACUCUUAUUAAUACAAUAUAGAACAAGUAAAAUGUUGUAUCAUUAUAUAUGUCGAGCCGGUACUCGACCCCACCAAUGUGCAUUUAGUCUUUUGAUGUUGUGUCCCCGCGCUCAGAAAAUGUUGAUUAGCCUUUAUAUCAGAAACCCUCACGUUGUAGGAUAGUCAGUCGCAGCAAUGCCGGAGCGUUUGUAGUAAAUGUGACCAGGAAAGAUUUA